GAGGCCUUACACGUGCGAGUUAAAGGAUCUCCUUCCCAAUCCAUCUUUGUCCGUUCAGCCAGAACUGCUUCUCGGAUCUCAUUUACCAAAUCCAUCAGUCGUUUUUCAGGCUUCAACACUAACAAAAAUGGCAUUCACUUCCAUUUCCGCACUAUCAACAAAAUGCCUCUACAUCUCAUCAUCUUCAAGGUCUCCGAAUCAUCAUCUUCAACAGUGUUCCUCUAAGCCAGCUUGUCGUAUUGUUUGUCAUGGAAGCCCAGAAAGGGAAGACCAUAGUCUUGGGAAGCCAACGAAAUGGAAGAAACUGGUUUCUGCGGCACUGGCUGCUGCAAUUAUCGGCUUCAAUGCCUCCAUGCCUGCCAUUGCUGAGCUCAACAAAUACGAGGCUGAGACGCGAGGUGAAUUUGGUAUAGGAUCAGCAGCACAGUUUGGUUCUGCAGAUUUAAGGAAAGCAGUGCAUGUUAAUGAAAAUUUCAGAAGAGCCAACUUCACAUCUGCGGACAUGAGAGAAUCUGAUUUCAGUGGUUCAACCUUCAAUGGUGCAUACCUUGAGAAAGCUGUUGCAUACAAGGCGAACUUCACAGGUGCAGAUUUGAGUGAUACAUUAAUGGAUCGCAUGGUACUGAACGAAGCAAAUCUCACAAAUGCUGUGCUUGUACGAUCAGUUUUAACUCGUAGUGAUCUCGGUGGUGCAGUGAUUGAAGGUGCUGAUUUCAGUGAUGCCGUUAUAGAUCUUCCACAGAAGCAGGCUCUAUGCAAGUAUGCGAGUGGCACAAAUCCAAUAACAGGGGUGAGCACCAGAACAAGCCUUGGGUGCGGGAGCAGUCGACGAAAUGCUUAUGGUACCCCUUCUUCUCCUCUGCUCAGUGCUCCACCCCAAAAACUUCUUGAUCGAGAUGGUUUUUGUGACCAAGCCACUGGCCUUUGUGAUGCUAAAUGACCUCACUCUAUCUUCCUUCAUUUUUCAUUACCAUACAUAUACAUAUAAACUAGCCUUCUAAGAAAUUGAUGUUUGAUUAAAUACUUCACUGAAAUAUAGCAGUAUCUAUUACCAAAUUAAUUACAGCUUCAAA